GCCGCGCUCCGCUCCCCUCCGCUCCGCUCCGCUCCCCGGCGCGCAGCAGCCCCGCACCGCAGGCAGCCGCCGCCGCACCGCCGCCCGGCGCCAUGGCUUCUGGAGUAACAGUGAACGAUGAAGUCAUAAAGGUUUUUAAUGACAUGAAAGUAAGGAAAUCUUCAACCCCAGAAGAGAUUAAAAAAAGAAAGAAAGCCGUUCUCUUCUGCUUAAGUGAUGACAAAAAACAAAUAAUUGUAGAGGAGUCAAAGCAGAUACUGGUUGGUGACAUUGGAGAUACCGUGGAGGACCCCUACACAGCCUUUGUGAAGUUGCUACCACUGAAUGAUUGCCGAUACGCUUUGUAUGAUGCCACAUACGAGACAAAGGAAUCUAAGAAAGAAGACCUGGUAUUUAUAUUCUGGGCUCCUGAAAGUGCGCCUUUAAAAAGCAAGAUGAUCUACGCAAGCUCUAAAGAUGCCAUUAAAAAGAAAUUUACAGGUAUUAAACAUGAGUGGCAAGUAAAUGGUUUGGAUGAUAUUAAGGACCGUUCAACACUUGGAGAGAAAUUGGGAGGCAACGUGGUAGUUUCACUUGAAGGAAAACCCUUAUAAAAAGACAGACAAGUGCCAUCUGGAUCUAAGGAGCUUCCAUUUCUGCAGCUCGUUCAAUUGGAAUAGUAUUAGACUCCCUUUCCCCUUCCCUCCUCAAAAAAUAAGUCCCUUCCCUAAUGACCCUGAAGGAGAUGUCAUUGUUAAGCAGUCUACCAGUGAUUGCCAUUAGACUGUUUAAUCCUGGUAGUUUUAUGUAGGAUCCAAGGAAUGCUUUCACGUCACACUCUUAGCCAAAACUGACGUUGCAUGCAUUCCUUGCAACAUGUACAAUGAAUGUGAUAGUUAAUGUGAAUAGUCUAGCAGACAGCAAAGGGUAAGCUAAUUGAAUGCCUUGAAAGUAUUGUCCACUGGUCGGAUGGUAGACUCUAUACAGUAUUACUUACAGUUGCACUUGAUUGCAGUUCCAUGAGGCUCUUGUGCAUUCAUACACCUCACCUGCCUUGACAAGCCUAUUUUUGUGACAUGGCAGCACACAACACUAUGCAUUUAAAGCACUUUUUUGUAAUAUGUUUGACCCGCCCCUCCCCCCCAAAGGAAUGCCAAUUAAGUUGCUGUAACUGUGUCAUCAAAUUAUUGUAGUACCUCAGUUUCAUUCCUGUUACAUGCAUAUCUUUAUAAAUGAAGUAGCUGUUACGAUGCCUUUUGUUUUCCAUUGAAUGUACACUACUGAUCAGGAGUAGAAGUUAUCUGUUUACCAUGUGAGUCUUGAAACACUAAAGUUUUGUAAAACAUCAGUCAUGAUGGCAAUUUCUGUAUUAAAAAGAGCCUUAAAUGGAACAUUGUUUUUGAGAUCAAAAACUGGCCACGUUGCAAUAAAACUUGUGGCUUAUUACAGAAUGUUGCCUUGUUUUCAUUGGAAAAUACAGUUUUUAAGUAUGUUUAAUUUAAGCAUAUUUCAAAUAACUUAACUUCUGUGGAAAGUAUUGUAAAGUUAAACAAUCAUUAAUCUCAUCAUAAAUAAUGCAAUUUUUUCAUUCCUAAUCAUGGUUUAGGCACUGCUUUACUAUACUUUGUGGCUCUAUUCCGAUCACUCGGUGAAGGACCUGUUCCUAGUUUACCGUUCCAGAAGCUACUAGAGACCAUUAGCUCCACGAACCGCUUGUGUCAGGAACUGAGAAAUACCAAGUAAUAAACCCCGCAGCGUGUUCCGUACCUGAAUGUUCUUAAAGUUCUACAAGUCAGAGCAAAACCGUACGUGAAAUCUUAACUGCUCUCUGUCUGUCGGUAGGAUGAUGUGCCGUGACAGCUAUGCGAUACGCAGCAUACGAAUCGGUAUUUUUUUGUUUCUUAAGUGUUAACGCUGACUCGGUACAAGAAAUACCCUAGAUGAACUGUUAACUUCUAUGUAAAUAGAACUGGAAAGUGUUUGCCACUACCGAGGCUUGCACUGGGGACAUGUUUUGGCUGAGGGCCAGAUAAUGCUCUCCUUAUAGAGAAUUUGAUCUGCUCUGUGUGAGCAAUCCUCCCUUAGCCAGAGCUAUUUAUGGCAAACACAUGCUUUUGUAUCUUGUCAUCGUUAUCCACAAAUGGCAAAACUGGACAUGAUUCUACUGGUAUGCAUAAAGGCACUCUGUUAGGCAGCCAGUCACAGCUGAAAUGUACAUGCUGCUAGAAGGAAUGCUCUUUAUCAUUACCUUAUUUUAAAAAGUUGGUGGAGUAGAACUGUCGAGCUUUUAAAUAUUUGCCUUUUAUUUUCAGUUCAUAGCUCUUUUUUCAACGAUGAGGCAGAGAGUCGUCAUUUUUUAUUUUUAUUUUUUAUUUUAAAUAACUUAAUGGUACUGUGUUUAGGCUUUCUUGUCCUGUAGAACUUUAAGACUUUAUUUCAGGCUUCUAGCUAUCCCCAUGACUUGCACACCUCAUUGUGUUGGCUGUUCUAUGUAGACUAAACUUUACCAGAAUUUAACUAAAAAGGCAUGAUGACCACUGACUUACUAAGUGUAUCAAUGAGUCUUGGUUUUGUUCUAUAAAACUCUCCUUUCAGGUAUCUUUUAAGGUUGAGAAGUAACUGAUGGUAUGCAUGUUGUCUAUAUAUAAGAAAAAGAAAAAACAACUUUUUAUUCCUCAAAAUAGUCUAUUUCUGAUCAUUCAUGUUGUGUGCAAAGCCCAGUUUAAUGUAAAGAUCUACUUUGUGCUUUAUGUUUGACUUGAGUUCAGUAUAAUGAAAAAUAAUCUUUUAACUGAUUUUCACAAGGUAUAAAUGGUUUCUUUAGAAAAAAAGCCAAAUCUGAAAACGUUAAAUUUUAAUAAAGCAUUUGAAUCUCAUUUUAGACACUAAUUUUUUUUUUUUUUUUUUUUAAGCAGUACUGUGUUUAAAUUUAAUGUUUGUCUCUGCUGCAAACAGUCUGGAAAGGUGUCUGUGGCUUCUAAGUUGAAUAUUAAAAGUUACCUUUUUUUUUUUUUUUUUAAACUAGCUUUGUUGUAUAUGCACUCAGUCCAAGUAGAUACAAAAUUGAAGCACAAACUGUAUUUAUGUAAGAUUCAGAACUCCUACCAAAACAGGUUUUGGAUCAGAAAGGAUCAGCUUGCUUUCAGUUUGUUCUUGAAAUGAUUGACUGAUGUGAGGUCCAAUUCACAUGGCUUUAUUAUUAUUAUUAUUUUUUAAAGCAACAAUAAAGUGCUACAGAACUGUUACUGUUCAAAUUAUAAAACAAAUGAGAGACAGCUGGCAUCUGUUCCAAAAUGGGUUGUCAGCUGUUGUUUUCUGUCAUUAUGCAAAAUGGUGAGGGCCUCAUUGUGAUCUAGAAGUGGAGGAAAAUCCUCUCAAGUUGAAUAUCCUCUGUGUACGACUUUUGGGUAUCUUGGCUUCAGUUACUUUAUUGAUAAAGAAAUGUUAAAUGCAAUUUCCAUGAGAGCAGCAUGUGCAGAAAUGACCUUCUUCUUCUAAGAAAUACUUCAAAACCAGCAGUUGUUUUGUUUGAUUUGGUAAAUCCUGGAAGAGGUAUAGGCAUACAGGCUUGAUUUCUCUGAAAAGGGCAAUUAAGUCCAAAACGAGGGUGACUAGGUGAGGUUUGUGGUUGUGGCAAUUUUGGAGAUGCAAAGUUUAAACUUACAAGGACUUCAGUGAAAGAAUCAUUCCUAGUCGGAUCACUAAACAGAUCUGGGCUAUGUUUGGUUAAAACCCAGGGUGUCAAUUUCUCCAAAUGGAAGAGUCUUUUUCUGCUCAGAACCAGUAACGGAAAACAGCAGCAAUCAAAUUGCCACAAUCUGGUGAUUAGCUUUACUCUCUUACACCAAUUCCAGUAUAAACCAAAUUUUCAUGUCUGCCUAUUUUCAUAAACUUUGUAAUUUCCCCUUAGUUUGUGGUGGAGAGUUAAUGACUGUAGAGUGAAAACAUGGCACUAAUGAUGGAUGAAAGAUCAUCAAUGUAGCACCUGUCUUUAAGUAUUGAAUUUCUUUCAAAUAUUUCUGAAUUUGAAAACCUGGUAUAAAUAAAAUUAAUUUAAAUGUC